GUUCCUGUCUGGAAUUCGAAAUGUCGCUUACAGCAAUCGUACUUUGAACAGUUGAUUCAGCUGAUUUCAGCACACAUUAUGCAAGUAUGAGACUCAUUGGUGAUAUUCUAUGCUUUUUUCGCCGUCUUCGUCUUUCAAAAAGACUAUUCUGUUGGUAAGUCUUCCUGCAGAAGAAGAAAACAACAAGGAGUCAUCACUCAGAUUCAAGGCAAAAAGCUCGCCUUAUGUUUCUGAAUCGAUAACUACAUUGAAGCAUGAACUCGACUCUAUCUGCUGCAGAUCUGGGCUUCGCCAUUUCUUUCUCUGCGGUUGUCUUAGUAAAUCUCCUUGGAAACGGAUUAGUCUGCCUUGUUGUCUUCCGAUUCCGUGGGAUGCGAGCACCGGUCAAUUACCUUCUCGUCAACUUAGCUGUUUCAGAUAUGAUGAUAGCGCUAUUCAUCAUUCCAGAUUACGUGGUAAAUUGGGCUUUUCGACACCCUCAUGGUAACACAGGUGACUAUCUCUGUAUAUGGCUAACUGGCGGUAACUUGAUUUGGGUUGGAAUGGCAGCAUCCACUUCUUCAUUGGUCGUGUUGUCCUUUGAGCGCUAUUUUGCGGUUAUCUACCCCCUCGACAAACGCUGGCGCCCUACUAAUCAACGAUUGGCAGUUUCAAUUCUCACUGGCUGGCUCUAUGCAAUUAUUUUCAACUUGCCUUUGUUUUUCGUGGUGAGGCAUAGCGAUGAAAAAAUACAUUGCCCUGAACUCUGGUCAAAUCACGAAAAAUUGCGGGAAGCGUACACACUUGGGUGUCUGUUCGGGUUUGGUUUAAUUCCGAUGGCAAUUAUUGGAUUUGUUUACUUUAGGAUUCUACGUAAGCUCUGGAAAGGACGACGUGUCCGUGCUACUUUAAUCUCGGACCAGGUGCGAAUCCGAGCUAUUCGGAAAGUGACCAAAAUGGCCAUAGUCGUAACUAUAGUGUAUGGAGUCUGUCGGUUGCCAAAUUUGGUGCUAUACGUGUUGCAACCGUUUGAGUCGAUUUACGAUUAUGAUUCGCCGUCAUACAUCAGCACAGUACUGCUUGUGGGCCUCAACUCAGCCAUGAAUCCAUUUAUUUACGCCCUUCAUAGUGCACACUUCCGCCAUCACAUCAAGUUGGCUCUUCGUUGCAGUCAAUUCCAGCCAGCAGACUAUGUUCCAGUCCCACCGUAGAACUGUGAGGAAACCUUCUAAGGUCUUCAGUUCAGUUGGUUAGUGGAAGUCUGUUAACCACAACUCAGUGACUGACUGUCAAUAUUGGAGAAAUAGCCAGUAGCGAAUGAACACUGCACAAGUACGGAAAAAUUUUCGAGCGUCUUAUUUGUGAACCACCAUGAAACAAAGAUAACUUACUGUUUUUAUUCAGUUCUGUAUUAAUUAUUUUUUUCUUUUGUGUCAUUAAAAAGGUGUUAGAUGUUGUAUGAAAGA